UUUAGUGUUUCUCAGCGCCCUUUCAACAGUACCAGCUAUUGAACAUGUUAAAUCCAUGUUUGAGUAUUUCAACAAGGAGCAUUUGAGAUGGAAGGUAGAGAGCUUCAGCCAUCUUUUUCCUCCUCACGUUGCAGCAGAAAUCCUGUCUAUGCCACCUCCUGCUCAUAACGUUGGGGUUGACUUGCCUAUUUGGGAUUUAACCAGUGAUGGCGCCUUCUCCUCCAAGUCUGCAUAUGAAGCGAUGAACUCAGCGAUUAUUGUGGGUUCGAACUUGGCAUGAGAUCUAUGGUGACCACCAAGGUAUUAGAAACUAUCGUGAGAUGGGAGAUCGUUCUGAGUAGGCCAGCGGAAGACCAGCUCUGGAAGACCGACGGUUCCGGAGUCCGGAGAGUCUACGUCGGCGAUGUGGAGCUCUUAGGGAGGAACAGAUCUGGAACGGUUGUGGAGAGGCAGACCCUUAGGGGUGGGGCAGUUGUGCUGCCACAUUCCCCCGCUAGGUUUCAUCAGACUGUAGUGGACGAGGAGGAAGAAGAUCCUUCGGAGGACACUAUAGUGGAGUCACGGUUGGUCGAGGAGGAGGAGGCAGUGGAGCCUUCACCACCAGAAGCCAAGUCGGGAGUCUGUGCGCAGCGUAUACCUGGGCGUCCAAAGUGCUUUAGAGUGGGACCUCGGAAGACCGUGAUAAAGCUGGAGCAGUCUAAGAAGAGAGCGCGUGGAGCGGGAGCUGAUGUUCUGGAGCGGGAUCUGGAUUAGAGUAUUCCUUUCUAUGGG